AUGUUCGUUUCUGUACUGAUGACAUAUCCAGCUACCAUAGCGAUCAUCUCCGAAACGUUCGGGCAAUACUUGAUUGAGGGCCUCAAACAGGUAUACGACAUCGAUGAUGAGUGGGCUCCAUUGGCGCAAAAAUUGUUUGGAUUCAGCUUACUGUUGAUGGUCACUUGGAUGAACUUCUUCAGUCUGAACAAAUUUGCUGGUCGAUUUCAAAUCAUUGCUACCGCGGCAAAACUUCUCUCGUGCUUUCUUAUUAUCGCCACCGGGCUUUACUUUUACUUUGUC